AUGGCAGGCAAGGCGAAGGAGAUCAACAUCGUCAUCCUCGACGUAGGACGUCAGAUGAAGGAGGAGGAGCUGGCCAUCGGCAAGAAGUUUCUGUCGGAGUUUCUGAGGGAGAGGAUCUUCGAUCCUGACAUGUACGCGGGUGUCGUGCUGAUAGGCGCACGAGGUGCCAAGAGCUUUUUCAGCAAGGAAGGAGGAGGAGACUUCGAGGGGUACGGCAACAUCCGCAUGCUCGAGAACGUGAGGAAGAUCAGCUCCCGCCUACUCGAGAGCGUCAGCAACCUUAACUUGGAGCAAGGGAAUUCAAAUUAUGUUGAUGGGAUGGUCGUUGGGCUUGACUUGCUGCACUCGUUCCUCGAUGGCUUCAACUCCAAAGUCAAGCCGAAGGCGAUCAGGUUGAUUCUUGUCAGCAACGGGAGGGCAGCGGAGGAGGAGGAGGAGCUCAGCGAGCUCUGUGCGGUCAUGCGGCAUCGCUCCGUCGCCUUCUCAGCUUACAUCGUGAAGGAACAGGAGGGUCUCGUUUCCCAUCCCCUGCUGCAGACGUUGAUGGAGGAGAGCGACGCCAAGCUCUUCCUCCUCCCCCGUGACGCCCGCGCCCUCCACCCCGAGCCCCGUAACACGCAGGUCGCCACCUUCAACUCCACGUGGCGCCUGACAGCGAACCUGUCGCUCAAGGUCUGCCACUGA